AUGAGGCACUCCAGUAUACAGCUGCGCUCGGAUGAGCAAGUGCCGGAGAACCUUGUUGCCUUGCUUGAUGGACGAAAUUUAUCCUCCUCAGAACCCUCAGAACCAGAGUCCGAACGAUCAAAGAAAAGGCGAAAAUUGACAGGGCCGAAUGCGUCACAGACGCCCCUUCACUCGUAUGAUUCAAAUGACUACUUGACUCUUGCUCGGGUGGAUAUUUACUUGGCAUUUCGGAAAAGCCCAAGCGAGUCAUAUCCAUCGCCCUCUCCAGACGAGAACGACAAAGAGCACCAGGUGCGGCUUGAACGGUUCGCUGAAAGGACUGAUGGAGAAUACUCAUGUCGGAUCACCACGGUGCACGGUCUUGCCCUUUUCGACGAAGUGAUCCGUUCAAGCAUUGAUCCGCAGACGUUAGAGGUAUUGCAGAUAGCCACAAACCCUCCCAGUCGCCGGCAACCGAAAAAAACAUUGAGGAGCAAUUGCACACUCUCUAAAUCACUGGGCUUUGACCAUGGUGCGAAAAGAUCGGGCUUCGAACUUGACGCACGUGAUUACACGCUCGAUCUUUGCGUCAGGAUUUUAGUGCGCAAUGCAAGGAGCUUGUCUGACAGCAUCGGUAUAUCUCGAAACGACAUACUAGACAUCUGCGCACCUGAGAGUCUACCGGAAAAGACGGAUUCCUGGUCUCCUCGGGACUUUUACGAUAACGUUCAUGUGCCUAAAAGUGAUGGGGUGGCGCCAGAUGUCCCGUCAAUUGAGCAACUUCAGUGUGAGCUGUAUCCUUUCCAGAAGAGGGCCGUUCAAUGGCUUCUCUGGCGAGAAGGAGCCGUAGAAGCCCAUGAGUCUCCUGAAGAGCUCCCAAAGCUCCCUCAUGGAUUUGUACACACUACCGAUGGGGACGGCAGGCAAUGCCUUGUCAGCAAUUUUUGGGGCAUGGCGACAACCGAUGAUCUAGUACCAGUACACAUGGGCUCCGAACCAAAGGGGGGUAUACUCGCAGAAGAGACUGGACUGGGCAAGACGGUGGAGUUGGUGGCAUUACUGCUGUUAAAUCCGGUAAAUCCGGCUAGGCAGUCUCCUUCGCCAAAGGAAUUACCACGGUGCUCCGCGACACUUAUCAUCACACCCCCUGCUAUACUUCAACAAUGGAAAAACGAACUGCAAGGUCUUGCUCCCAGUCUCAGUGUGUUUGUCUACGAAGGACUGCGAGUCGAGGCUGGCAAAAGCGAUCAUGAAGCGCUAAUGUUGCGGUGCACGCAACAUGAUGUUGUUUUGACAACCUAUAAUGUACUCACCAGAGAGAUUCACUACGCUGAGACGCCUGACCGGAGUCUACGCCACCAGAAAAGGUACGAGAAGAGGCUCUCUCCGCUCACACAUAUCUAUUGGUGGCGAGUAGUGCUAGAUGAAGCUCAAAUGGUAGAGAGCGGAGUCUCCAACGCUGCUAAGGUUGCGAAACUCAUACCCAGAGACAUAGCUUGGUGCGUUAGCGGCACUCCGGUAAAGAAAGAUGCGAGGGAUCUCUUCGGGCUUGUCGAUUUUUUGUGCUACAAACCAUAUUGUGAUUUUCCUACACAUGUGUGGGAAAGCCUUGUCAUGCGGCAUAGGAACGUUUUCAAGCAAAUUUUUCGUACCCUUGCUCUCCGCCACACGAAAGAUCAGAUCAAAGAUGACAUCCAAUUGCCGCCGCAGAGACGGGUGGUUGUCACCGUACCGUUCACGCAAAUUGAAGAACAGCAUUAUUCGACGAUAUUUGGGCAAAUGGCCGAGGAUUGUGGCUUAAACCUGGAUGGAACCCCACGAAUAGACGAUUGGAAUCCUAAUUUACCUGCUACCGUCGAGAAAAUGCGCAGUUGGCUGAUUAGACUACGACAGACUUGUCUUCAUCCUGAGGUUGGAGCCCGCAACAGGCGGGCCCUAGGUAGUGGUAAAGGACCUCUGCGUACUGUUGGGGAAGUUCUUGAGGUCAUGAUAGAACAAAAUGAUAUUGCGGUUCGCUUGGAAGAACGCACGCUUUUAUUAUCUCAAGCACGAAGGGGGCAGAUCCUUGAACAUGCUGAACAGAGCGAGAAAGCCUUAGAAAUCUGGUCGCACACCCUCGAAGAUGCCAAGUCAAUCGUCCAUGAUUGCAGGGGGCAAUUGAAAGCUGAGAUUGAUCGGCUGAGCAUGACUGAAGAGGCCAUGGAAAAGAGUGACGAAAUGGAAUCAGCGACAGUCAUACGUACCGGACCCCACCGACAAAGACUGCGUGCAGCUAUCGAGAUUGAGCAUAUGUGUACCUUCUUUGUUGCUAAUGCUUAUUACCAACUAAAGACCGAUGAAACGAGGAUCAAACCCGAGUCAGAAGAGUUUUCUGAGCUGCAAAGAAAAGAAGAAAUGACAUAUGAAAGGGCAAAGAUCCUACGCAAAGAGUUACUGCGAGAAGCCCACACCAAGGCUGAAAUGCUGAUGAGCAGGGUUAAUGAAAAGGUUAACGCAAAAUCCCUAGUCAACAUCCCAGAGAUCUCGCCACUCAAAAAUCGAGGGGGCAUUGAAUCUAGAAGUAUUUUUGAGAGACUGGAGAGUAUGAUCGCGAUCAUGCAGAAUCAAGCAAAGCAAAUCAACGAAUGGCGGGAGAAGACAAUUCAACUUCUACUUCUUACGCUUGUCGAUGAAGAGGAGGCUGAUCUUCAAGGAGACGAAUACGAGACCUCGACGAAACGACAAGACGAGGUUUAUGUGUACGUCGACGCUUUGAAGGCCCUCAUUGCGGACCGUCACGACGUUUUGACCGGUCAGGAUAAUGAACUUAUCAAACACGAGAUGAGUGUUGCCUCAAAGCAAGCUAAGGAGGGCAAGGGUCAUUCUCCCGAGCUAUUACUUAAGCUCUUGUCCACCCGAAAUCGACUUAAGCCUGCGAAGGACGUAGGGUCUGUUAGGGGCAUGAUAACAGAGCUUCGUGAACUUAAGACCACUCUCCGGGGAGCGACUGAGAAAGGCAGUUCUCGAGCAGCGGCAGAGCUAUUGCUAAUCAACGUCGCAUUGGAAUAUUUGCAUCAAAUUUCAGCGGGACAAACGAAGGCAGUGGCAGGUCUAGAUCAGGAAAUCGAGUUAUUCAAAGACACCAUGAACCUGCGGCUUGAUUAUUACCGACAACUACAACAUAUCUCAGACACGGUGGCUCCUUACGAGGAAGACCUGAGCGAAGAAGCUCGCAAUGGUAUUCUGCUUGAUAAAAAAGCAUCCGAAUCUCGUACAAAAGCUCGCAUUGCAAUGUUGAAGUCUAAAGGCCGCUAUCUCGUGCAUUUACGGGAUGAAGCCACCAAUGUCGAAAGUCAGAGACUGUGCAUAAUAUGCCAGCAGCCAUUUGAAGUGGGUAUCUUGACCUCAUGUGGACAUUCCUACUGUGUCGAGAACGAUUUUCAUCAAAUUACUUACAAACCGCAACAGCUUAGCAUGCAGGAAGAAGCGCAGGAGAAAGAAACGGAAGUCAGGGUGGCGAACGGCAUGGAAGAAUCUGCAAUAUAUUCUGGAAUUCGCGACACGGUCCUUCAUCAGAUUAAAAAUAUUGACCUCGGCGGCUCAUUUGGAACGAAGAUCGAUACCAUCGCCCGACACAUAUUGUGGAUUCGAGAGCACGAUCCGGGCGCUAAGUCCAUUGUCUUUUCUCAGUAUCGAGACUUCCUGGAUGUUUUGGCAAGAGCCUUUACUCAAUUUCGAAUCGAUUUUACAGGCAUCGACCGAAAAGAUGGGGUACAGAAGUUCAUGACCGACCCUAGCAAGGAAUGCUUCUUCCUCCACGCCAAGGCAUCAUCUUCUGGCCUCAACCUGGUCAAUGCUACACACGUCUUCCUUUGCGAGCCGCUGAUAAACACAGCGAUCGAGCUGCAAGCGAUUGCGAGGGUGCAUCGAAUUGGACAGCACCAGGUGACUACAGUGUGGAUGUAUAUUGUGGAAGACACGGUGGAAAAAUCAAUCUAUGACAUAUCCGUGACCCGGCGGUUGGCGCACAUGGGUCGCUCACGUGCCAAAACGGGGAGGAGCGAAGAAGCGAAUCUGGAACACAAGAUUGAUGCGGCGAAUACUAUGGAGUUGGAAGAAAGCCUACUUGGAAAUCUUCUUGCCAAAGGUUCAAGCAGUGGUGAGGUGGUUGGUAAGGAAGACUUGUGGAAAUGCCUCUUUCGCGGCCGGCCAGGACACACCCAGUACUCUCCGGAAGCAGAGGGAGCAGUCGCCCGACAUCUUGGAGGGACUGCCGCCAAAGCUCGACUGAACUUGGACGGGCAAUCUUGGAACAGUGUAUGA